AUGUUCGCUCAGUCGGCCUCGGUCGAUUUCUAUGCAGCCCUGGACAUUUCUCGAACUGCUACGACCCAGGAAAUCAACGCUGCUUACAAGAGGUUGGCUCUGAAGUAUCAUCCUGACAAGUGCGGUGAAUGUUUUCUGGAAAAGUUUCGCCAAAUCACAGAAGCAGCUGAGGUUCUUCGCGAUCCUCAGCGCCGUUUUGACCAUGAUCGUGUGAUCGGACACGAUUCCCGCGGUUCUAAGAACAAUAACCGACGCCAGCCACGUCGAUACCAGCGCGAGGAUGACUGGCGAAACUGGACCGCGGCGAAGCGACCUUGGAGAAACAAUGACUUCAACUUCAACUUGAAGAGCCCAGAGGACUGCUAUAUGUACUCGUACGGCUCAAGUGUGCAUAUGGACCCCAACUCUGCAGAGUCCAAGGCAGAGUCUGAUCGGAUCUCGGCAGAGGCACAGCAAUGGGCAGAGGAAUACGCAACUUUGCAAGCCGAGUGGGCAGCCGAAACUACAGCCGAGGCGAACACCGAGCAUGCAGAUUCCAAGGAGGCUGAUGAGUUUGACCCAUGGUCAAAUGAUACUGAGGAAAAGGGCCCUGAAACUAACCAGGCCACUGGUCUCAAGAUGGAAGCUCAACAUGCAGCUUUCGAGGAGGCUGAUGAAUUUGAUCCAUGGUCAAAUGAUGGUCAAGCUUUUACUCUGUCGGAUUUUGGAGCGCCGUCCAACUAUGCUCGGGAAUUUUCCACUGAAAUUAAACAACCCACCGAAGCCGAUCGAGCUGCCAAGUGGAAAAUGCCUGGGCAGUUCUCCUCCAGUCAAUUUGACCCCAUUCAAAACACCAAUCCCGGAUUUCCUGAAUUGGACGAAAAUGGCCUUCUUAGCUUCGAAUUCCCUUGGAAAUAUCCCUCCAGUCAAUCCCACACAUCCACUCACUACUCUGGCCACGAUCCCCGUUCUGGUCACGGCUUUCCUCUUCAGACGGACAAGAAUGGGUUUUCUGACUGCAAAGUUUUACCCGACGAACACUACGACUGCACUGAGCAUUUCCUUCCAGGACCUAGCAUCAACCGCAAACCAUCCACCAAGAAGGCAAGCCCGAUGGACCUAGAAAAUUUUCACGAGCUUGUUACCGCCGAAGGUCCUCUCGCGCCAUUUUGUCCAUACUUCAAUGCCAAGUUGGCUGAUGGAAGUGGGCGUUACAACUUGGAGGAUAUGGCCACGGAGGUAAAUGGUAUCAUCGGCCAGAUCAUGUUUGAAUGGGUUUUUGUUCUAAAGCAGGAAAGUGGAGUCACUGCACCACCAGUUACUAACUCGAACUGCUCUCACCAUUGUGAAUGGAUCAAGGAAUUCGGUCUCCCGGAGUGUACAGUCUGCCGCUUCUGGCAGCCUAUCUACAUGAUGACCUGUUCAACGUGCGGCAUCAAGAGAUGUAUCUGCUGCAGAUUUUGA